GACCGAAUGGAAAAUAAUCUUGAAUUUUUUCUUUUGACCACAUUAGGAAUAAUCAAUAAAAUUGUUCAGAAGGGUAAUAAAGGAGAAUUUAUCUUACACACACACACACACACACACACACACAUUGCUGGAGGAGGGGUUUGUGCCAUAUAUUAAUGGGUCAAAAUUCAUAUAUUUAUAUAUUAUUUUAAAAAUUAUAGGAUUGAGGGGACAAAAUUACUGUUCAUUUAUUUUUUAUCGUCAUUAAGUCCUUUCAUAGGUUAUAUUUGUACGAAUCGCUUUUAUUUCCUUGAGACAAUAGUUAACACCACCAUUAGUGAAGGAAGCGAUAUGAUUCGCCGCUGUGGGUUCCUUUUCAUAGGAUCUGAGGGGGGUGCCUUCAUCUCUCGCAUUCAUGACAAGUGCUACCUUGAGCACCGCUUGGCAAUUCUGGGCAAGCCUGACGAGACACUACAGUCUAUGAAGGAAGAGGACAUCAAGCGAUUUACAACGUCAAUGGGCUCUUCAGAGGCGUUGUUUAACAAGCUUGCCGGCACCAUCCCCACGAACGUCGUUGACGAAGAAACCGGACUGGUGAUCGGGUGCGCGCAGCCAGAUCCCACAAGGUAUGGUGACUGGGAGGUGAACGGACGCUGUUAUGAUUUCUGAAGAUAUUCCUAAGUAUAAGGUACUCUGUGGUAUAUUUUUACAUUAUUAGCACAAAAUACUGCUGCGUGGAUCGGAAAAUUGUCAUAUGUCUUGAGAAACUAGAGAGUAACAUGGUGAAAAUGAAGGUGAAGCAUUUGAGAGGAUGGCUAGGUUUAGAUCGAGUCGGCUGUGAAUGAUGUCAACAUGUUGUCUUUGCUUACUCUGUAUGUAGGAACUUUUUAUUCUUUUUUUUCUAUCUUUCCCUCCUUGCUUUUGCUCCCUUUUUUUUGUCCUGCCUUGUUUAGGACCGUAAACACAAAA